CGAGCGGGCGCGAGUCGUGGUAGGCGGCUGCAACCGCGUUGCUGACGAAGCCGAAGGGUCCACAGUAUAUAAGCUCCCUCUGGCAACGCUGCCAAAUACAUCACCGCCGCGCAGAACCCAAAGACAAGGGCAGAGCAGCGACGACACCUCAACACGCAUGCACAGGUGUCUGGACAGGAUAGUGUCGAGAGAUAGAAGGCAUAUUCCACUCAUUACUCACCUCCCCGCCGCGCCAGAGACGUCGUAACACCCUCCCUCCCCUCCGACCCCCGCAACAACCGGUGCCAUCGAAAGCAAGGCAUCGUUGCGCCUAGAUUGCGUGCGGCCGGCCUGCCAUAUUCUUUUUCCUCGCGACAGCAUUGCCUCGCUUCUGCGUCCAUUGUACCGGCGCACCAAGGCAGCCACACGCCAACCACCGCCAUCAUGACGAACACGCUGGUGGGCGACGUCUACCUCAAGGUCAUCGAAGAGGUCGUCGCGGCAUCGCAGGGCGAUUUCGAGGAGAGCGGUGUUGGCUCGCAGACACUGGGCGAAUUGCAGCAGGAAUGGCAGAACAAGCUCUCAGCCCGCGGCGUCGCACAGAUGCCUUGGGACCCCAAACCUGCUCAAGCGCCACCACCACCUCAGGUUGCUCCGUCGGCGCCGGCGAGCAGCGCCAGUGGACUCCCUGCCAGUCCGUAUGCCGGCAGCUAUGACCAUUCUCAGACUGCUGCAAAUGGCCAGCGGAUCAAGGCGGAGCCUGGUCAAGAGCAUCAGUAUCACGGCCUUCCUACUGGAAACUAUGCCCAGAAUAACGGCCAGCACAUCGCCGUACAGGGAGGCGCAGCUCGUGCUCAACAGCUCGUGCAGCAGCAAUUCGGCAACGCAGCAGCACCAUCCCUUGCUGCUAUGCAACGUGGAGGUCUGGCAUUACCCCUUCAGCAGCAACCGAAGCCACCACAAGGCCUCCAACUACCACAGGGCAGUCCAGCUGCGGCACAACAGCAGUUCCAGCAACAGCAACAAGCUGCUAUGGCACGUCAACAGCAUCAGUUACAGCAGCAGCAGCAGCAACAGGCUCAACCUCGCAUAAAAGUCGAGAACGAGAGCCCGCAGGUGCAGCAAGGCGGCUUUCAGCAUCCGCACUACAGCCAAACUGAUGGCGCCGAUGAAGGAGAAGAAGAAGAAGAUCUUGCUCAGUGGAAGGCCAUGUUGGCUGAGAGGCGAGCUGCUCAUGCUCAGCAUGGUGGUCAAUCUGACAGCCUGAUGCGCGAUCAAAUUAUGAGACUCUCGGCAGAUUUACAAAGCGGAUUGAUGCUUCCACUCCGUGACCAUCCUUCAUCGCGAUUGCAGAACAAGCAGAAGCGCCGCACAGCACCUCCGAAAGCGAUAGGAUCACCUUCAACUCCUGCUCUUGGCUCUUCCAUCUCACAAAUGGAUGGCGUUGAUGAGGACGAUGACGACGAUGAUGAGAAGCCAAAGCUCAAGGACGAAGAUGACCCUGAUGCCAUCAACUCAGACUUAGAUGACGAUGACGAUGACGGUCAAGGCGCUAUGGGCGACGAAGAUGACGAGACAAUCGACACCAUCCUGUGCACUUAUGAUAAAGUCCAGCGCGUCAAGAACAAAUGGAAGUGCACCCUCAAGGACGGCGUCAUGAGUGUCUCUGGCAAGGAGUGGGUUUUUCACAAGGGCAUGGGCGAGUUUGAGUGGUAG